AUGGCCGCAACGAACGAAACGAAGCCAAACGCUGCCGACGCCAAGGACGCACAGAAGCCGCAGGGCGCCGAGAAGCCCAGCGUGCCUGCGCUCGGUGCGUUGGACGAGGAUGACGAGUUUGAGGAGUUCGAGACGGCGGACUGGCCCGAGUCCGAGACGGUGGUCCCUGGCACGCAGUCGAACGGCUCUGCUACGGCAGGCGCUGCAUCGAUUGCGCUCGAUAUGAGCGGAUCGGCCCGGUCGGGUGGCGACCACCUCUGGGAGGACAACUGGGACGACGACGAUAUUGAGGACGACUUUAGCAAUGCGCUUCGUGCCGAGCUCGCCAAGUCGAACGCGCCCGAGGCAAUGGCGACAUAG